CAUGAGUUAACGGAGGUAGACUAGGACAGACACAAAAUAGCAAACUAAGGAAUCAGCAGCAAACAAACAUUCAAAAUUUUCUAUCACCAGCAUCCACUGACAUUUGCCUAAGGUCACCAGCCCAUGUCAGUGGGUUUUUGCUGAACUGGUCUCCUCAACGUAAAGAUUCUUAAUAAUUUUGGCUAUGUACUCUGCCCAGACCCUCCCCUCUUAAAAAAAAAAAUAAAAAUUCACAGAUACUGUCAUUGAUAGAGGAGAUGAAAAUGCAUAACACGUUCUGAUUGCAGCUCAGAAGAAAACAAAGGGAAAUCAGGACUAGGAGUUCUAAUCUGAUUUCUUUUUCUCACUUUGCCACUGACCAGUGGUAGCACCUUGAGGAGGUGUUCAUCUUUAUGUAUCUGCAAGGCUGCAUUUAGCAGCUUAUCUCCUCUAAAAGUUCCUGUGGAGCUGAUUACAUUGAUGCAUAAAGAAUUAAGUCAUUAAAAAAAGCAGCAAAUUCUUAUAUUUAAAAUAUUUUUUUCCCUCUUAUCAUCCUUCCAUUGGCCUUUUGAAAUACGUAUGAUUGGUAUCACUGAAUACAGGUAGGUUCCCUUACUCCCUAUUGCCUUUUCUCUGAGUGCACCUCUUUCUGUUGAUGUUUCAGGCUGAUCUUACUGCCUUCUUAAGACGACUAAUGAAAAGUGCUCCCUUGAACAAGUGCGUGUUGGCUCCCUCUGAGCUGUGAUUCCAGGAGCCAGGGAUAGGAAAUCAGGAAGGAGCUGAGGAGGGAGAUGGAAGCCUUUUCUGGAAAACAUACUGUUCGUUGCUAAGCUGCUUCAAAUCAGUUGUGAAGAUGAAGUCAGCAGUAGAUUUAUUACCUCAGAUACAGAGAAGAUUACAAUAAGAUGAAUGAUGAUUAGAGUAAAAACCAUUGAGGCAAAGUUACCAUGAAGGGAUCGAACAAGGCACUAGGACCUAGGAGGCGUCUCAUCCACCCUGGCAGGAAUUUCUUGCUUGGAGCUCAGACAACAAAGGCAGAGCGAGCCUGGUUUUCUUUCUCUCAGCAUCUCCACCCUGCGCGCUGAAAACCGCUUCAGAUCUUUAGGGUUCACCAAACUAUGGAACUUGAUUUUGGACACUUUGACGAACGAGACAAGGCGUCCAGAAACAUGCGAGGCUCACGUAUGAAUGGGUUGCCCAGUCCCACUCACAGUGCUCAUUGUAGCUUCUACAGAACCAGGACCUUACAGGCACUGAGUAAUGAGAAGAAAGCCAAGAAGGUGCGUUUCUAUCGCAACGGGGACCGCUACUUCAAGGGAAUUGUAUAUGCUGUGUCUUCUGACCGCUUCCGAAGUUUUGAUGCUCUCCUGGCUGACCUGACCCGGUCCCUGUCUGACAACAUUAAUCUGCCUCAGGGAGUCCGUUACAUUUACACCAUUGAUGGAUCGCGGAAGAUUGGAAGCAUGGAUGAGCUGGAGGAAGGAGAGAGUUAUGUAUGCUCAUCUGACAACUUCUUCAAGAAGGUGGAAUACACGAAGAACGUCAAUCCCAACUGGUCUGUCAAUGUGAAGACAUCUGCCAACCAGAAAGCACCUCAGUCUCUGGCCAGCAGCAACAGCGCCCAGGCAAAGGAGAACAAAGAUUUUGUGCGUCCCAAGCUGGUAACCAUCAUCCGUAGUGGGGUGAAGCCCCGGAAGGCAGUCCGUGUGCUCUUGAACAAGAAGACGGCCCAUUCGUUUGAGCAAGUUCUCACUGAUAUCACUGAAGCUAUAAAACUGGAGACAGGAGUGGUCAAAAAGCUGUAUACUCUGGAUGGAAAACAGGUGACCUGUCUCCACGAUUUCUUUGGGGAUGAUGAUGUGUUUAUUGCCUGUGGUCCCGAAAAAUUCCGCUAUGCACAGGAUGACUUUUCUCUGGAUGAAAGUGAGUGCCGGGUGAUGAAAGGGAGCCCUGCAGCUGCCACGGGCAGUAAGUCAUCUCCCACCCCUCAGAAGAGCUCAGCAAAGAGUCCAGCCCCAAUGCGCCGGAGCAAGUCUCCAGCUGAUUCAGCAAAUGGGACCUCGAGCAGUCAGCUGUCUACGCCCAAAUCCAAGCAGUCCCCCAUCUCCACACCUACCAGCCCAGGGAGCCUCCGUAAGCACAAGGACUUGUAUCUGCCUCUGUCUUUGGAUGACUCUGAUUCCCUUGGAGAUUCCAUGUAAAGCGACAUGACGUUAAUAGUCUGUACUGCAAGCUAUGUUUAAGAUACAGUAGAGUACUUCUGCCAAACUAAGCAGAUAGGUGACUGGUGCUUUCAAAUCAGACAAAGGACACACAGUUAUAUGUCAUUUUUUUCUGUGAUUUAUCCUCUCUACCACAAAUCAUCACCUACCAGUCUAUAGAGAUAGAGGGAUACCAUUCUUUUAAGCAGAGUUUUAGGGAUGCAAAAUGGACAUUGCCAGCAAUUUUGGGCCAUUAUGCCACUGAUCCUGUGCACUUCCCAUAUUUUUCUAUUAUUUUUUCUUCUGCAAAUACGUAAUUUUCCUAGUGACAGUAAUGGAAAGCUCCCCCAGAAGUGUGUGAAUCAAUUUGUUGCUGACAAGUUCUGACAACUCUUUACCUCCAAACUGCCAACACUUGCUUGUUCCUCGUUUACAGCCCUGAUUUUAGCACUUGCAUACUAACUAGUACUGUUUUUGUUGUUACAGGGCAGGAAGGGAAAUGACUUAUUAGUUUGAUGCUUAAUAUGCCAGCAGAAGCUUGGACAAGAUUAGGAAUGAUAACAUGAGAUGCUAAGUAAGGUUAGUGCAAUAGUGAUUUUUCAGAUAUUCAAAUAUUGGGAGUUGUUAAAUAAUUAAGUAAAAUAAUGUAAGUCAGCUGAGUUGUCUAGAGUUGAACAGAUUCACAUAUAGUCCAGAAACACUGCUAGCUGGUAACAAACUUUUAUAACCACCCUAUGGUAUCUCUCUAUCUCUGUUUUUAAAAGUAAUGCCUUGUGAACAGCCAACACUGAAAACACUGUGAGAAUUUGUUUUCAGGUCUGACAUCCUACAGGUCACUUUUUAUAGCAAAAAAUCAAUACACUUUUUAUAAAGGAAAACCUUGUAUCUGUGUUUUGGAGUAAAGAUUCAAGCUCCUUCUUUUUUAUAAAAGCUGGUGAUUUUGUUUUGUUUAAAAAAACACAUUCAGAAAAAUGAACAAAAAAAAACCCCACCAACUGCAGAACAGUAAUAAUAACAAAUCAGUUUAGAAAUCUUGUCAUCACUGCCAGAACAGACACUUGUAGGGGAAAAAAAAAGUCAGUUCAAAAUAUUGAAUGUUUUGAUAGUUUUUGUAAUGUUUAAGACUAUGUAUUUGUUUUUUACACUUCUGUAUUCAUAACUAUGGCCAGAUUCUCUACUUGUAUAACAAAUGGAACUUUGUGUGUUUGAAAACCCAUAUUUUAAGAAACUCUUCUAUCUGACAAAAACAAACUUAUUGUAUUUAGAGAAACCUUUUGCUUUUAUUAAUCAGUAAUGACUCCUAUGGAAUGCAAAGUUCAUCUACUCACGCAGGGCUGGUGGUUUUUACUACGCCGAAAUUUUGUUAUAGGCUAGCUGGCAUUGCCUCUCUUUCUCAUGGAAUAAGCUUUUGAUGAAACUGAUUAUUACGGAACUUUACCUAAAGGAAAUCUGUGCAAUCAAAUAUUUCUUUCUUGCUCUAUUUGCCUUUGUUUCAACAUAUACACCUAUUCCUUAUUCUCUUGCAACCCCUUGUGAUUAGAAUGAAUUAUAAUGUGAUGUUUGAUGCUAUAUGAAUGCUGGGUUGUUCACAAAGCCACUCCAUAUUUUGUUUGCUUGCAUUGCUGAUAUGAAACCAUCUGUGCAGGCUAUGUCUUUAGAGGUUCACGUGAUGAUACAUAUAAUGCAACUUUAAGAUGCAUCUGAGAGAGGUCAGAAUUGGGAAUUACCAAGGGGUCAGAAUUAUGCACCGAUUUUGCACCCUGUAGUCUUAGUGCAUGAUCUUUUACACACAGAGUUUUGUGAAAGAAAUAAUUUGUGCCCACAAAUAACUUCAUUUAAUUGAGUAAUUUGCUGACUAUGUGACUGCUAAAUGAACAUUUCACCUAUUGUAUAUAGAAACCUGGUUUCAGUUCAGAAGGCUAGAGGCUCAUGUAAGCUGUGAAGUAUAGGGGAAAGUACUGUGGACGAAGCAUAGGUGUAGUAGUCAGGAAACCUUCAUUCAGUCUUUUGGCACUGCUAGAUUUAGUGUCUGAAGGGGAGCAGGUCUGCUAGUAACACUGUGCCUCAAUAGGUCUACCCAUUCCUGUGUGGAUAAUACUGUUCUACCUCACUGGAGGUUGUGAAUCCAAAUGUUGCUUAGCAUUUGUAAAGUGCUUUCAGAUCCUCUAACAGAAGAUACUGAACUGUUCUGGCUGCAGAUUUGGCUAUGGAUGCUAAUUUUUGGCUGUUUAAUCCACUAGGUGCUACUGUUGACACUAGUCUUGAAAAAACAGGGCUUUCUUAAGCAUCAGGAUAGCAAAGGCCAUGGUUAUGCCAACAAUAUUGUUAAUUAGAACAUUUAUCUUAGUAAAAGCUCUGGCGAGAUAGAUAUUUGGCAUGCUUUUACCCUCUUCUCUGUUCUGUUGAUGUAAAUCUGAAAGUCCCUCCCCAGGCUUUGCCUUUCCAGGAACUCUGACUACUAGCUCAGCCUGUUAAGGGAUGGUGGACUUGGACUCUAGGCAGAGGUUCUGUCACUUAGCGACGCAGGCUGUUUCCUUCACAGCCCGAGUUAGCAUGUCCUGCCACCUUCCUGUGAGUCCCUGCUCAACCAAGGAGACCAGCCAUAAAACUAGAUCUAGGUUCUCUUGCUAUUCAGCCUCAGACUCUCACCACUUUUUCAACAGGAAAACCUAAUUCUGUGAUGCCCAUAAGCAGAGUGAAGUGCUAGAGUUGAUGAUGAUGUUAAAGGAGUCAGAGAUAUGCUUCCAUCCAGUACUCACAAAUUCAGUUUGUAUAAGACAAAGCAGGAUGCCAAAGGUCAAAUAAACCUUUGGAUGGAUGGUGGUGAAGGUUGUUGUUGAGAGGUGAUUCCUUUCCUUCCUGCCACGAGUAGCGGGUUAUUUAAAUAUGCUCUUCCUUGUAGAGUGUGCUAAUAAAUCAGUUAGGCCUUCCUCCUGUGCUGUACUUAGUGACAUACCUAAAACCUCAUCCUGCAAGUACUUCCUUAGGAGUUUUUUUUUUGCACUAGAAUCAUCCUGGGGUGGGGCUGAGCCCAGUAAUUUCUUCAGGGCACUACCAAGGGAACCUGAAAAGGCCUAAAAGAAGAAGAAAAAAUCUUCAGUGGGAAAAAUAGCCAUUCAAACCUGCAAAAGCCAACAAAGAAAACAGGGUAUGAGGUCCAACUCAAAGUUUUAAAAAGCAGUUUUCUAGGUAGAACUGCUUAGGCAGUAGAAGUCAGUGAGCAUUUCAGCUGUAACAUAUUGUUAAGUCUGCAUUAAUGCUAUUAUUGUAUGAGGUCUUGUACAGAAAUGCAUGUGGAAUGCACUGUACAUUCAACACUACUUAUCUUUGGCUUUGUAGGAUCCCUAAAUAGAUUUGAUUACAAAGAGAAAUAAUGCACAAGUAUCAUAUCUUAGUCAUUUAAAUAGAGGAACAGCCUUGAUUCAGCAAAGAAGCUAAAGACAUGCUUAAAUUUUCGCACGUGCUUUACUCCUGUUGAUUUUUCAUGAGAUGUAAGCCUGGGUUUAGCCAGAAAGCUUUCCUGAACUAGAAUGAAUUAGGAAUUAGUUUCACUGUGCUGUAAUAAUUCCAGACCUUAUGAGAUCCUGGAGCAAAUGACUGCAAUUCUGUUAUACACUCCAGAGUUUAGAUUUUAUAUAUUUUCUACAUUUGCAGGCACAUAAAAAAAGCACUACAGGAUGUGAGGAUUUGCCAUAUUAAUUCUGCUGAAAAAACCCUAUCUAAUUUCCCCCAUGAGGCUGCCUUUAGUGUUUUCAGAAACUAAUUGAAUCAUUAAGACUAUACUGAUUUAAAACAAGUCAGUAUUUAAAAGUAAAUUUGAGAGAUUCUUAAUCUGGUACAGAGCUUUGUUUCUUUGAAAUCUACCUUUAUUUAUUCAGUACCAAGUAUAAUUUAGCAAAUUUGCGUAUAAAAUUAUUUAAAAAACCUAUUUCCACAUAUAAUCAUUAGUAAGGAAUUAGAGCAAUAUCCUUCAACCAUAGAAAGACAACGUAUUUAGUCUUCAUACCUUCCCACAGUGAUCUCAACUGUAGAAUAUCAGGGCAGUGCAGCAAAGUUCUUGAGCCUUGGGAGUUUUGUCACUUAUAAAGCAUUUAUAUUCUGAAACUUUUGAGUUAAACCUCCAUCUGAUGUCAGAUUUGGAAUUAGUUCAUUUCCUCCUACUAGAUAGCUAACCAAUACUCUACCCCUUGAAAUAAUUUUGAAAGAGUUUGGUAAAGGAAUUCUACCUUCGUCCACUUUGCAGUAGGAGAUGGAAUUAGCUUUUGCCUUCUGUUGUCUGUUUCCCAUAACUGCAUAUUAUUUACAGUACUAUCAGAAUCUGAAAAGCCUAUUUUCAUAGGCAACAGAAGAAUAAUUCUGCUUAGAAAAGAACUUCCACAUCUCUCUUUCUCAUUUAGCUAGCAUACAUAUAUGCUUGCAAAGAAUCACACAUAGUCUAGCUGUUACUUCUCUCAUUUCCUUGAACAGUGCUCUUGAAAAGAAAAUAAAGAGGCAGGACCAAUAAUUUUGGCUAACAGCAAAACAGUGUUACACCCAAGCAUUUUUAAUAGGAAAUAUUGGUAUAAAUUUGUUAGUUCCCCCUUAUUGAUGUGGAUACUGAUGACAUUUUCUAGGCUGCCUUGUGUUUGCUUGUCCAUGCCUUUGCUCUGACUGCUGAUGUUAUUGCAAACGCAAAGAAAACCUUUUGAAAUUGCUCUGUAAUACCAAGCUGAAUCCCUAAAAUAAAACAUCAUUCCAGUGACAGCUAUCCCUGGAAGUUCCAUGCUCUCUGCAGGGGUAUGCUGUGGAUUUUGCAAGUAUGAGCCUUUUUUAUCAUAGUAAAAGCAUAAGUGUAUUUUGCUAUGACUUCGGUGGCACCCCACAUCCAUUCAAGGCAAUUGGAGAGAUAUCGUUGGCUACAGCAAAGUAAGAAUUGUUUUUAGAUAAAGGAAGAAAAGAUAGCCAAGUAAAAGAGGUAUAAAGUUAGUCAAGAAAGUGUCUCCACAAGCUAAGACAGUACACAACUAGAGAAGAGCUAUAUAGAGGUGUAUUUACCACACAGAAGGUGCUGAUCACAACCAAGACAGAACAAAACAUUUUCUUUAAUAGUAAUUUAGGCUCAAAAUUAUUUUUCUGGUUACUGACAGAAGCAAAUUAGAAUGGUAUUUGGGACUGGUGAUGUUACUUGUAGAAGCAAAUGGAUGGCACAGAAUAAAUAUCUUUUUCUGCUAAGAUAGAUAAAGUAUGAUGUAGCUCAGGCAACAGGACUAGCAUGUUAUACAAGAUUCUAGAGGAGAUCCAGCUGAAUCAUCACCACCUUGGUUUAUUGAGGCAAAGCAGGUUAAGUCUUUAAGUGCCUUCCAACAUGCGUUGGGCUUCAGUAGCAGGACUACACAUAUCCAACAAGGCCUAGAUUAAAUGGCCUUGACAAAAGUGGGCAGGACAGAUUAAUUCUUGAGCCUCUUGAGAUGAUUAGCCCAUCUUGCUUUUAUGCAGUCAGCUCUAGAAAGUGACUGUCUCCAGGAUCACAGGCAUCUUCUGGCUGAUGCCUUUGUCCCAUUCCUAUGAACCUGAGCAGGCCUCUCUGCAAUAUCUCAAGAAAUGUUAAAGCUGAGUUCUGUGUCUCACAGUAAAGCCACUAAACAUUAAUAGAUUGGCUGGGCUGGGUUUUUUGCUGCAUCAGCUAUCAACCCUGUUAUUCAGGUAUUCUUCACCCUCCCUCUUUGCCCCGACUUGAGAUCUGGUAUCUCUCCUAGGUGCCUCCAGCCUGAACUGGCAUGUCCAUCCACCCCUGUGCUAUUUUGCUGUUGUUAUUUUUUCUUCCCCUCUGGAAAGAUUUGAGUUGUUUGUAUGUUCACAGGUCUGGGACGUAAGCUAACCAACAAACAAAAAAAAAAGGUGUUACUAUCCCUAUUGUUUGGGAGAUGCUCAGAGACAGUAAGUGGAUGGAUGGAAAGGCUUUUUUUCCAGCAAUGUCAUUGCAUAGCUGCUCUAACAGAAUCCUAAUUGUAGGGCAGAGUAGGAGUACUACCUCAGGGGAAGAUGCAGAGCUUUAGGGUCACAGACCACUUCAUCAGGACACUGUUUAAAGAAGGUCAAAAACACUGACACUAAUGUUCAUCCAGUAGAUGAAUUUCUGAGCAAAUGAGAACCAAACCUAGUGAAUGUAAGUGGGCAUUCAGAGCUACUGGUCUUUGGUAUAGUGAGUGAGCUGACCAGUUCUCCCUGUGCCACACUGUCCCAGUGCAUAAAGAACUGACCAUAGCACUCAUCUCUAUCCAUAAACUGCUUUGAGAUCAGCUGAUAUACUGAGCUAUAGAAGAGCUAGCUCUUAAGAUUUAUUUGUUAUUACUGAAGUUUGAAAACCCUAUAAAAGCAGAUUAUGGUGCACUCUCUUAGACAAGUCUUUCAAGGAACUCCCAACUUUUCAGGAGUCUCCAAAAACCAUGAUGUAAAAAUGCUUCAUUAUUUUAGUAAUGGUGAAAAACAGACACACCACUUCUAGUUCCCCGCAAACCAACUGGGGAUCCGGCAGUGCCUCUAAGCACAAGUCCACAUCCAACAACCAAAUUCUCUCAUCUGGAGCUGCCACACCUGACCUGAACACAGUCCCCAACUGCCCCUCUUUUCAUUACCUGUACAUGUACGUAUCAGGGGGCAACGCAGGUUACCAUCCGAAAAUGAGGCCAUGUAUUUUUAAAUAAUGAAUAAGUCUAAUGAUUACAGGGGCCUUCUACCAAGAAAACAGUGGGCCUGUUGUUGAAAGCUUGCUUGUUCAGAAAGUGUUCAUGGGAAAGAAUUGCCUUUCAGUCUUCAUUGCUUAACACACUUAUUCUGGCUCUUGCUCUAUCACUCAGUGAACUGUAACUCACUGGCCAGUUGAGAGCUUGCCUAGGUCUGACAGUUUGCCACUCAAACAAUUGAAGCAGGAGGAUUCCCAAAGGGAAUUAACAAAUCUUUGCAGCAAUUAGAGUCUGUCAACUGAAAAAAAAAAGCUGCACUGUUAGAGAAGGAUGCCAUGAUGGCUAUUGUCACAGUAAACAAAGAAAAAGACUUGUUUCCAAGAGGAAUGGUAGGGGGCAUUUGUUGCAAGAUCUUUACUGAGUGAUGAAAUGAGCGUGAACAUCACAGAAAAUCGUAUGGAAGGGAGAGCAUGAGGCAGUGCACUGGAAACAUCAACAGCAUUGAUGUGUGGGAACAAAGAAAGAUGAGUGCCAAGAAACUCCAAAGAGAAAUAAAAGGGGUAGUGCAAGCUGUGGAUCUACAGCUUGAGUCUGGAUGGAAAAACAGCAGGGGUUUCUGGCUGCAUGUUGAGAGCGUUAUUGCCCCUGCAGGUAUCUAAGCUAGGAUGCAGGCUAUCUGCCACAACAGCAUGUGUCCCACUCCCACUGGCAGAAAUAAGGUCACACUUGGCCUCAGGCUGAAGAACUUGGUUUGAAAUUCUUUGUCUGCCCUGUUUUUCUCUCCUGCUGGCAUAUGGAUGUCUGUGUCAUCUCUAAAAGGGUGAAGGGAAAAUCCAGCUCUUCGCUGAAUGACAGCACCGAACUACAGUUUGGUUUUAUUUUUAUUCCUUCCUUUAGAUCAGAAAUAGAAUUUCAUCAGCAUGCACUGGUCAGGAAAGUACAGGUCUGGCACACUGGGGAACUGCAAGACAUUUAUGAAAGGAUAAUGAGGGCAACUCUGAACCUCCUGGCUCUUCCCAUGGAGUGCAGCAAACUGGAAGAACUACCAACCCUGUUGCACCAAGGUGAUAAGUCCAGACAGGUUUCUGGAAGAGGUUACUGUAAAUUGCUGUGCAGGCAGAAGGGCUGAUGAUGAUCUUGUCCCUGAAAUCCCUAGCCACACAUGUGAAAGCUGUUGCAUUCAAUAAAUCAAUGGAAAGGCCAUGGUGAACAAGAGGAUCCGUGUUUAACACUGAUUUUCUCAUGAUAAUCUUUCUUUUGAAUUCAGUGGAGUUACAAUACUUGUGAAUUUAAUGCUAAAAGACAGAAGAUGUGAUUUAUUUGAAUACAUUUUUUUGCUGCUUGCUCUCAGACUUUCAAUUCUUUUUUUUUCCAUAAGGAUUGCAGCUCUUUGUUUCUGUAGAUUCUCUGACACUCAGUGUAACACAAGCAAAACCCAAAGCUCCUAAUUCUUCAUUGUUUAAAACAGGCAGGAGCUUCUCUGUAAUUAUGGGAGCUGAAUCCAUUUGGUCCAAGGUUGGUCUCCUAUGUCAGAGAUUCAUUACUGUUAGUAAUUACUGUGUGAUUGAUUAGGUAAGUGCAGAUUCAGUUUCCUGGCUGACAACUGCAGACUUUGCAGAAAAAAUCACAUUUAUCCCAGCUAGAAAGUGAUCUCUUUUAUAAACCUCUAAUAGAAAGUUAUACAUAGGAGAUAUUUUCUAUAAUUUUAUUGUAAUUAAUGAUAAAGCUAAAAUAAUUUCACAUGUUGAAAUAUCUUAAAACAUUUAAGAUUGAAAAUUAAACAAGCAGCGUAGCAAAUCAAGGUCUCUUCUACAUUUUCUGGUCCUAGAGAGUUUAUCUUGCCUUCUCUCACCUCAGUCCACCAAGACAUGCCCUAAGCCCAACAGGCUUAUAGAAAAUAGCAUUUCUAUUUCUUUUGGUAUUUUUCUGCCCUAAUCCCAUCUAGUGCCAACCAGAAUAGAGGUUUAUGGUUGGCUCAGUUUUUAGAGAAAAGUAUUGCCAAAUGUCUCUGAACAUAAAAGGAAGGUUCUGUUCUUUUUUAGGUGACUUACCUAAGCUCAAGGCUGCUUUUGAUUUUAUUCAAGCUGGUUCUUCCAUCUCUAUUUGCAAUUAACACAUGCCUAAGUUAUAUAUAAGAAAUGUAUAUUAAUGUGAGUCACAUUUGAGCAGUGAGGUAGCUGCAGAGCGAAGUGAUUUGCCUGAUACAUGAAGUUAGGGUGAAACGUUGGUGGCACUUGGAAAGGGUAGACCCAAACCAAUCCCCAAUUUUCUGAGGAACCCGUGUGUAGAAUCAUACUGAAGAAAUGUCUGUAAUGAGUCAAAUGGAUCCCUAGCUGGGUUCCAGGCCCAGAUCUAGAACUGAAGAAUUUUACCUUCAGAGAAUCCCUAUGAAACAUUCAGCGUUUUUAUGUUCUUGUUUCAUUUUGGGAAUUCCAACAUGGCUGCUUUUCUCCAGCGGCUUCCAACCUCUGCACAGCAGGUAUAGAUGGAUCUUUAGUUCUCUUCCCUUUGCAGGUGGCAGUUGGAAUGGAGUAAUGUUCUGUAUCCCUGUCAUGCUGACCACAGUCACUGAUGGGUUGCAGAACAAAACAGCUGUUUUUUCUUUUUUUUCAUUCUCUACAUCAGAAGAGCUUUUUCCAGAUUUAGUGUGAUAUCUAACAAUGUGUCUCCUUAAGAAGAAUGUCUAGGGAACUAAUUGCACUGUUAAUUGGUGUUUAGAGAUAAGGUGAAGCAGAAGUAUUGAAUGUAAGAACAAGAAAGCCUGUGAGUUAUAAUUACAUGCUGAAUUCUGACAUGUAAAAUUGUUGUUAGUUUGCUUCUUAUUUAAAUUACAUGUGAUCCAAGCAGUUUUACCACCGUGGCAGUACUAGUACAGCUGUGAUUAUCAAUUUAGAAGACAUCCAUGGUCUUCUUGAAAGAAGCCUAUGUAGACAAGUCUAUUCUCUGUACAAAUUCCCCUGCUUGAUAUUCUGUAUUCUAUGACACUGCCUAGUCUAGAAGCACAGGACAGGAGUAUCAGCUUGUUGACUUUGCUGUUACUAGCCUUUGCCUAUUUUCUUAAUCACAAAUACAAUUUCAAGCUAAGGUAAGUGGCUCUCAUCACAUAAGCCAGUGUUCUUCAUGCCAGUCUUCUCUGAAGAGCGUGACCUGCCUUCACUCAUAGCCCUGCACUCUGCAGCUCUCUGUGAGCUGCCAGUCUGCCCAGUGGUGGUUUUGAGGGAGGGAGAUGCAGCUGAACUGGAAGCUGAUCACGGAUUACUGUCUUAGGUCAUUCAUUGAGUUUGUAUGAUUUCAUCAUCAAUAACAAAGCUGCAAUAUAGUAUAACUGAGAGACCACAGUGUAUUUUCUAUUGCCAUUCAGUGGGUGGGGGUUGGAGGGGCAGCUGGGUUUAAAGUUUAGCUGGUAUACUUUAAACUCUGUGUACAUAACCUUGGAGGACACAUGGGUGGUAAGGGUUGAGUUACUGUUUUCUUGGAUUGAUAAAUUUCAUUUUGGUUUUGUUUAAAUAGUAAGGUAUUUAAUUAAUGUCAUUGUACAAAGAGCUAUUAAUUUAAAUGAUGCAUUUGUUCUCCUAAAACAGAUGUAUCUAAACUUUCUAUUUGGCAAGCCUGCAGCAAUGCUACACAUAGCAUUAUGUUGACUUUUGUACUUUGGGGGAGUACGUGGAAGGGGAGGGGAACUGCUUUCCUCUUCGAACAGUGUUGCCCAUAGUUAACUUUCUGCUUGGGUAUAUAACUUGAGUUCCCUUUACUCCAAAUUUUCAUGUGAAGUUCUCUUAAAGGGACAGAACAAGCAGAGGUUAUGCCAAAAGAUCUCAAUUGUAUCAUCUUGUAAUAUAUUGCAGCUUUAUGCCAAUGAUUCCUUGCUUACCUGUACACAGUCCAUGCAUGUUUUGAACUAAUUUUGCAUUCUCCAUUUGUGGUGAGUUAUUUAGCAUUCUGACCACCUUUUGUGCCAUUCAACUUGUACAGAAAACAUUUUUAUUGACGUUUUAAGGGAGGGGAAGAAAAGAAAAACCCUUCUGCUCCCUAGUUGUAGGUAGAACUCGAUUACUUAGCAAACAAAUGUAGAUGAGUGGUUGUAGUGUUAGAAAUGUUAGCUUGCUCGUGAACAAGCUUUUGAGAGUAAAUGCAUGGUCUUGUACUUCACUUAAUUAGCUUUUCCUUUCCUCCUGGAAAGAUUCUCCCCCCCUCUCUCUAUUCUAUCUUUGUCUCUCUCGUGGUUGUAAAGUACAGAUUUGGGCAUAAAUAAAAUGAUAUACAAUGAGGUUUGAAAAGCAGUUCUCAACAGAUUCUCUUGGGGAACUUCUCACUGCGCCCUGCCUUGGCACUUUGAUUAGACUCUUUCAAGAUAAAACAGAUGGAGAACAAUCACCUGUUGCCUCUGCUUGAACUGGGGAACAAGUUAAUCCUUGGAAGUUUGCACCACCAGUAAACAAUGAGAUCUUGCUGAUCCAUUGCGGCUGAGGCAUGUGGCAUGUGGGCUACUGGCCGUGGCUUCCACACCUGGUUGUUUGACAUGGGACUGGUCCCACGGCCCCUGAUUUGCAGAGUUUGCACGCACCUUUUGAUUUUCCUGGAUACACAGCAGAGGGGAGAUAGUGGAUGAUAUAUAGGAAUUAUGUUGUUAUGGGUUCUGUAGGCAGCUCCUUCUCCACACUCCCAGGCUCUGGGUUGAGUACACAGGGCUUAUUAUUGUAUAGCCGUGGUUCUGUUGGCAGAGGAGGACAGGAAAUAAAGGCUAGAAAAAGACAGGGGGUCACAGAUAAAGAUGGAUUUUGUAAGAAAUGGACUUAAAAAUCCCCCCAAAACCCUGCCUCAAAACCACAAAAUCUACCUUGAUCCAUGCAUUUAUUCCCCACGCCUCUUCUCCCUUAGCAGAAUUUCCUUUUGUUAGAAGAUUUGACUUUCUAGAAAAAAAAAUCCAUUUUUGUGAGGUGUUGUGAACUGUUUUUACCACUUGUAAUAACCAUCCCAGGUCUGAGUAUUCUUGUAAUGCAAUGCCAUGCAGCAGAGAACCUGUCCACUUUAUAGCUUUGCUCUCAAUAUUUGUUACUCAUUGUUUUCUCAUCUAAAUGUACAUUUGCAAGAUGUGUGUAAUGUCAUUUUCAAAAAAUAAAAUUUGGUUUCAAUAUUUAGGCCGAUAAAACCUUUCUGAUGCUUUUA